GAGAGGCUCCCAAGAGCAGGAAGCCAGGCAGCGGGCAGGAGAGGCUGCGGGGCCCCUCGCUGGAGAGGCAAACAGGAAGGACUGCCCCCUGAGCGCCAGGCUUCAGCCCCGGAAUCGCCGCCGCCGCCGCCGCCGCCGCCGCCGCCGAGCUGCAGCUUGGGGCUGAGGGUAAGGAGGCGAGCCGGGAGCAGGAGGCCCGGGAGAGCCUCGCGGGUCCCCGCGCCUGGUCCCCAGCCGCGCCCCGGCCCCGCCGGCCCCGGCCUCGGCUCGCCCUCCGCCCACCCUCCCCGUCGGCCGCUGCAGGCGGUCUGAGACAGCCGCGAUGAAGGCGAGCUCAGGGGACCAGGGGAGCCCCCCGUGCUUCCUGCGCUUCCCGCGGCCCGUGCGGGUGGUAAGUGGCGCCGAGGCGGAACUCAAGUGCGUGGUCCUGGGGGAGCCGCCACCGGUAGUGGUGUGGGAGAAGGGCGGGCAGCAGCUGGCGGCCUCGGAACGCUUCAGUUUCCUGGCGGACGGCGCGGAGCACGGCCUGCUGCUGAGCACCGCACUGCCUACCGACGCCGGGGUCUACGUGUGCCGCGCCCGCAACGCGGCAGGCGAGGCCUACGCGGCGGCCGCUGUCACCGUGCUGGAGCCACCGGCCUCCGAGCCCGAGCCGCAGGCCGCCGAGCGCCCGCUGCCACCGCCGGGGUCCGGGGAGGGCGCCCCGGUCUUCCUCACGGGGCCCCGAUCCCAGUGGGUGCUACGGGGGGCGGAGGUGGUGCUGACGUGCCGGGCGGGGGGCCUCCCUGAGCCCACGCUGUACUGGGAGAAGGACGGGAUGGCCCUGGACGAAGUGUGGGACAGCAGCCACUUCGCGCUCGAGCCCGGCCGCGCCGAGGAGGGCCCCGGCGCGAGCCUGGCGCUGCGCAUCCUGGCAGCUCGGCUGCCAGACUCCGGCGUCUACGUGUGCCACGCCCGCAACGCGCACGGCCACGCGCAGGCGGGGGCGCUGCUCCAGGUGCACCAGCCCCCUGAGAGCCCGCCCUCGGACCCCGACGAGGCCCCCGCGCCCGUGGUGGAGCCGCUCAAGUGCGCGCCUAAGACUUUCUGGGUAAAUGAGGGCAAGCACGCCAAGUUCCGCUGCUACGUGAUGGGCAAGCCCGAGCCUGAGAUCGAAUGGCACUGGGAGGGCCGCCCGCUGCUCCCGGACCGCCGCCGCCUCAUGUACCGCGACCGCGACGGCGGCUUCGUGCUCAAGGUGCUCUACUGCCAGGCCAAGGACCGUGGGCUCUACGUCUGCGCCGCGCGCAACUCGGCGGGCCAGACGCUCAGCGCGGUGCAGCUGCACGUGAAAGAGCCCCGCCUCCGGUUCACACGGCCCCUGCAGGAUGUGGAGGGCCGUGAGCACGGGAUUGCCGUGCUGGAGUGUAAAGUACCCAACUCCCGCAUCCCCACGGCCUGGUUCCGUGAGGACCAGCGGCUGCUGCCCUGCCGCAAGUAUGAGCAGAUCGAAGAGGGCACUGUCCGGCGCCUCAUCAUCCACAGGCUGAAGGCAGACGAUGACGGUGUCUACCUGUGCGAGAUGCGGGGCCGGGUGCGCACCGUGGCCAACGUCACAGUCAAAGGGCCCAUCCUGAAGCGCCUGCCCCGGAAGCUCGACGUCCUGGAAGGAGAGAACGCGGUGCUGCUGGUGGAAACUCUAGAGGCUGGAGUUGAGGGACGCUGGAGCCGUGAUGGGGAGGAGCUGCCGGUCAUCUGCCAGAGCAGCUCGGGCCACAUGCAUGCCCUGGUCCUUCCAGGGGUCACCCGAGAAGAUGCUGGCGAGGUUACCUUUAGCCUGGGCAACUCCCGUACCACUACGCUGCUCAGAGUCAAAUGUGUCAAGCACAGUCCUCCAGGACCCCCUGUAUCAGCAGAGAUGUUCAAGGGCCACAAGAACACGGUCCUGCUGACCUGGAAGCCUCCCGAUCCAGCUCCCGAGACCCCAUUCAUCUACCGGCUGGAGCGGCAGGAGGUGGGCUCUGAAGACUGGAUUCAGUGCUUCAGCAUCGAGAAAGCCGGGGCUGUGGAGGUGCCGGGCGACUGUGUGCCCUCCGAGGGUGACUACCGCUUCCGCAUCUGCACAGUCAGCGGACAUGGCCGUAGUCCCCACGUGGUGUUCCAUGGUUCUGCUCACCUUGUGCCCACAGCUCGCCUGGUGGCAGGUCUGGAGGAUGUGCAGGUAUACGACGGGGAAGAUGCCGUCUUCUCCCUCGAUCUCUCCACCAUCAUCCAGGGUACCUGGUUCCUUAAUGGGGAAGAGCUCAAGAGUAAUGAGCCAGAGGGCCAGGUGGAACCUGGGGCCCUGCGGUACCGUAUGGAGCAGAAGGGCCUGCAGCACAGACUCAUCCUGCAUGCCGUCAAGCACCAGGACAGUGGUGCCCUGGUUGGCUUCAGCUGCCCUGGCGUGCAGGACUCAGCUGCCCUCACAAUCCAAGAGAGCCCGGUGCAUAUCCUGAGCCCCCAGGACAAGGUAUCAUUGACCUUCACAACCUCAGACCGGGUGGUGCUGACCUGUGAGCUCUCAAGGGUAGACUUCCCGGCGACCUGGUACAAGGAUGGGCAGAAGGUGGAGGAGAGCGAGUUGCUGGUGGUGAAGAUAGAUGGGCGCAAACACCGUCUGAUCCUGCCUGAGGCCAAAGUCCAGGACAGUGGCGAGUUUGAGUGCAGGACAGAAGGGGUCUCGGCCUUCUUCGGUGUCACUGUCCAAGAUCCCCCCGUGCACAUCGUGGAACCCCGAGAGCAUGUGUUCGUGCAUGCCAUAACCUCCGAGUGUGUCAUGCUCGCCUGUGAGGUGGACCGAGAGGACGCCCCUGUGUGUUGGUACAAGGACGGGCAGGAGGUGGAGGAGAGUGACUUCGUGGUGCUGGAGAACGAGGGGCCCCAUCGCCGCCUGGUGCUGCCCGCCACCCAGCCCUCAGACGGGGGCGAGUUUCAGUGUGUUGCUGGAGAUGAGCGUGCCUACUUCACCGUCACCAUCACAGACGUGUCUUCGUGGAUCGUGUAUCCCAGCGGCAAGGUGUAUGUGGCAGCGGUGCGCCUGGAGCGUGUGGUGCUGACCUGUGAGCUAUGCCGGCCCUGGGCGGAGGUGCGCUGGACCAAGGAUGGAGAGGAGGUGGUGGAGAGCCCCGCGCUGCUCCUGCAGAAAGAAGACACUGUCCGCCGCCUGGUGCUGCCUUCUGUCCAGCUCGAGGACUCCGGCGAGUACUUGUGUGAAAUCGACGAUGAGUCGGCCUCCUUCACUCUCACCGUCACAGAACCUCCAGUACGGAUCAUAUAUCCCCGCGAUGAGGUGACCUUGAUCGCCGUGACCUUGGAGUGUGUGGUGCUGAUGUGUGAGCUGUCUCGGGAGGAUGCCCCUGUGCGCUGGUACAAGGAUGGACUGGAAGUGGAGGAGAACGAGGCCCUGGUGCUGGAGAGGGAUGGGCCACGCUGCCGCCUGGUGCUACCUGCUGCCCAGCCCGAGGACGGGGGGGAGUUUGUAUGCGACGCUGGAGAUGACUCGGCCUUCUUCACUGUCACUGUCACAGCCCCACCAGAGAGGAUUGUGCACCCAGCAGCCCGCUCCCUGGAUCUGCAUUUUGGGGCUCCAGGGCGCGUGGAGCUGCGCUGUGAGGUGGCCCCAGCUGGGUCUCAGGUGCGCUGGUACAAGGAUGGGCUGGAAGUGGAGGCAUCAGAUGCCCUGCAGCUGGGUGCUGAGGGGCCCACCCGCACCCUGACCCUGCCCCAUGCCCAGCCUGAGGACGCCGGGGAGUAUGUGUGUGAGACCCGGGAUGAGGCCAUCACCUUCAAUGUCAUCCUGGCUCAGCCCCCAGUGCAGUUCCUUGCUCCAGAGACAACCCCAAGUCCGCUGUGUGUGGCCCCGGGGGAGCCAGUGGUGCUGAGCUGUGAACUGUCCCGGGCUGGCGCCCCCGUGGUCUGGAGCCACAAUGGGAGACCUGUGCAGGAGGGCGAGGGCUUAGAGCUCCAUGCCGAGGGCCCCCGCCGAGUCCUCUGCAUCCAGGCUGCAGGCCUAGCCCACGCAGGGCUCUACACCUGCCAGUCGGGAGCAGCCCCAGGAGCCCCGAGCCUCAGCUUCACUGUCCAGGUGGCUGAGCCCCCUGUGCGGGUGGUAGCUCCUGAGGCAGCCCAGACGAGGGUUCGGAGCACCCCAGGCGGGGACCUAGAGCUGGUGGUGCACCUCUCCGGGCCAGGAGGCCCUGUGCGCUGGUACAAGGACGGGGAGCGACUGGCAAGCCAGGGGCGGGUGCAGCUGGAGCAGGCCGGGGCCAGGCAGGUGCUGCGGGUGCAGGGGGCACGAAGUGGGGACGCUGGGGAGUACCUGUGUGACGCGCCCCAGGACAGCCGCAUCUUUCUUGUCAGCGUGGAAGAGCCACUGCCGGUGAAGCUGGUCUCGGAGCUGACACCACUCACUGUCCACGAGGGCGAUGAUGCCACGUUCCGGUGUAAAGUCUCCCCACCAGAUGCCGAUGUCACCUGGCUGCGCAAUGGGGCCGUCGUCACUCCAGGGCCCCAGGUGGAGAUGGCCCAGAAUGGUUCAAGCCGCAUCUUAACCUUGCGAGGCUGCCAACUGGGUGAUGCAGGGACCGUGACUGUGCGGGCAGGGAGCACGACCACAAGUGCCCGGCUCCAUGUUCGAGAGACAGAGCUGCUGUUCCUACGGCGGUUGCAGGACGUGCGGGCAGAGGAAGGCCAGGACGUGUGUCUCGAAGUGGAGACAGGCCGAGUGGGUGCAGCGGGGGCCGUGCGCUGGGUACGAGGUGGGCAGCCCCUGCCCCACGACUCUCGCCUGUCCAUGGCCCAGGAUGGGCACAUCCACCGCCUCUACAUCCAUGGUGUCAUACUAGCUGACCAGGGCACCUACGGCUGUGAGAGUCACCACGAUCGCACACUGGCCAGGCUCAGCGUGAGGCCAAGGCAGCUGAGGGUGCUGCGGCCUCUGGAGGACGUGACCGUCAGUGAGGGAGGCAGUGCCACCUUCCAGCUGGAGCUGUCCCAGGAAGGUGUAACCGGGGAGUGGGCCCGGGGUGGAGUCCGGCUGCAUCCAGGGCCCAAGUGUCACAUCCACUCAGAGGGCCACAGUCACCGACUGGUACUCAAAGGCCUGGGCCUGGCUGACUCAGGCUGCGUCUCCUUCACGGCAGAUUCCCUGCGCUGCGCAGCCAGACUCGUUGUGAGAGGUGUGGCUCCAGGACCACAGCCUGCCUGCUGACCUGUGUGGCCCUACUCACCCCAGGCCGUGUGUGGCCCCAGAGACUCCUCUGCCUGAGUGUGGCCCCUGACUGCCCCAGGCUCAGCCAACCACUGACUCUGCUACUGUGAGCAUGCCUAUGCCAUUGUGGUCACUGCUGUCUGCCCGCCUGCACACCACCCCACUGACCACUCUUAACUGUGACCUUACUGGCUACACUGCCUGCCAUGGCUCCCUCUGCCUGCCCAGUCCCUCAAAUCCACUGACUGCCUGAGGGUGACAUCACUAGCAACUCUGCUUGAGUGUCCCCCAUGUUUGCUUCCAGCCCCAGGAUGUUCCCACUGACCACUCCACUGGCAUCUCUGCUUGUUUCCCCAUUGCCCUCUGGCCCCCAGCUUCUCCCCCACUGACCACCUUAAAAUGUGACUCCCGGUUGGCCACUCCUAACCCAUUGGCCCUGUGGCCCUGCCCACCACCGCCCCCCACCCCCCGUCCCCACCACUGACGGAUCCUUCUUGGACCACUUGUCCCAGCUCAUCCCCCACUCGCUAGUGUCCUCUACUGACACCUUGUGCCCAAGUGUAUGUCCUCCUUGUCCCUACAAGAUUGGUCCCCAUCCUGCUCCCUCUGCACUGUCCUCCCUCUCCCACUCCCAGAGGUCCCAGUGACCAUCGUGCAGGGGCCACAGGACCUAGAGGUGACCGAGGGCGACACAGCGACGUUGGAGUGCGAGCUUUCCCAAGCUUUGGCUGAUGUUACCUGGGAGAAGGUCAGAUCCCAGCCCCAGCCCAGCCCACUUCAACAUAACACCAACAAUAAUAAUGCCCCAGACAGAAACAACUAAUACUUAAGCGGAUGUGCCUGGCACUGUGCUAAGAUUUGCAUUAUAUUUUAUCCCUUACUCCAAGGACAACUCUAGGAGGUAGGUCUUGUCCCUGUGAUAGCUAUGAGGAAACUGAUGCUCAGUGGAACAAAUUACCUACCCAAGGGCAGACAAAAGGUAGAGCCCAUAUUUGAAUCCAGGUUUGCCUAACUCCAGAAUCCGUGCCCAUGUCCCCUGUGAUCCAUACCUGGCUCUGGGCUUCCCGAGCACCUUGGCGGCCCUAAGGUCCCCAAAAAGUGACACUUUUUCAAAGAGGCUCCUGGCACGACCCCAAAGGCGUGGGGACAGCCCGACCCCAGCCUGGGAACACGAGACACGCAUAAACGCGCCUCGAGACUGCUUGGCAUUAACAGAGGGUGCUGCCGCCUGCCAGGGCCGGGGUCGCCUGUGCCCAGCCGGGCCCGCCCCGACCC